CCAAGGGAAAUUCCACUUCUGACCGCAUGUGUAUGUAAUGUUUUUGAUAACAGUAAAUGGACAUUAACCUUGCCAUAAACAUGUUAUCUGAGUAGCUUAGAGGAACCUUCAUAUGCCAGUCAUACUCUUUGUAUGUCUUGCUUAGUAGCUACUUCACAUGUUCACUUGUAUCUAGAGAUGUAUGGAUGAUCGCACCGGUUUCAAAUCACAGCAUUCUCCCACUACAGAAAUUCAUGAGCUUAGCAGCAUGGGAUAAAGUACACCGAGUCAGCAGCGGUGAAAGUAUUUAAGGGCUGGGUGCAUCGACAAACUUACAGAUGAACUUCCUGAAAUAAGAGAGAAGACUCCUACUAUCCCCUAAGAGAUUCUGAGUUAAGAUGAAACCCAAAGUUAUAAUCUUUAUUUACUUAGGAGGACCCAUAUUACACUUCGUGAAAUGUUACAGCAGUGGCAAUUUUGACGCUUUUCCAGCUAUAUGUCAGACAAUGGAAGUUGUUCACAGCACCUAUCUACCUCAGAACACUGAACCACCUUUUAAAGUUGUCCCAGAUAUGAUCAGUGUUAGUUCUUCAGAUGUGGGAAAAUCCUUUGAUGUAACACUGAAAGCUGAUGGCUAUGAACCAUUCCGUGGUUUUUUGUUGAAAGCACAAAAACUAGACAAAACAACACCUCAGGGGAUUUUUUCUUUGGUGGACACAAGCUUCAGCAGACUUCAGACAUGUAAUGGUAUAAAGGAUACAGCUGUAACGCAAACAGAUAACCAAAAAAAGACUGAAAUAAAGGUCAAAUGGAAUGUUUCUGAAACUGGAGUAUAUUUUUUCAGGGCUACAUUCGUUCAGACAUAUCGAAUAUUCUGGAUCCAUAAAGAAAUCUCUUCUACAAUCAUGACACCAUCCUUUACAACAGACCUUGUAACAGCAGGCCCUGUAACACCAGACCCUGUAACAUCAGACCUUGUAACAUCAGGCCCUGUAACACCAGACCCUGUAACACCAGGCCCAGUAACACCAGGCCCAGUAACACCAGACCCUGUAACACCAGGCCCAGUAACACCAGACCCUGUAACACCAGGCCCAGUAACACCAGGCCCAGUAACACCAGACCCUGUAACACCAGGCCCUGUAGCACCAGACCCAGUAACACCAGACCCUGUAACACCAGGCCCAGUAACACCAGGCCCAGUAACACCAGACCCUGUAACACCAGACCCUGUAACAACAACCACCAUAACAAUAUCAACAUCAACAACAUUAUCCUCAGUCACCAAAACUGCUCCACCGCAAAAAUAUUUGUUUGAAUCAUCGCUAACUCUACAUUUGCUCAGUUAUCUUUGUCUUGCUGUGUGUGGUCCUUUCCUAGCGAAAGCCUGUGUAUGUGUUUGGACAAAGGUGACAUCAUUUCUGUCUUUGGCAUUUUCAUUGGCUGCUUUCAUCCUCUUACUGAUAGACAACAAACAAGUUGAGGCUGAAAUUCUGGCAGGAGUAGCAGCAGGCCUCAACUUGUGUCAAACCAUUCUAAUAUUCUUUCUCUGUGGACCGUGCCAUGAAUUGUGAGUGUUUCCUUAAAUUGUUUCAGAGUGACACUGGUAGUUUAUACACACAAAAAGUUGCAAAAAACAAAAUGUUAGGGCAGUCAAAAUUGGUCUUUUGUCUCUGGCUUUAUUUCCUCUGUAUAUUUAUGCAAAGAAAGAUAUUUUUGUUAUACAUUUCAGAAGAAAGAUUUUCUACUGGGAGCUCAGAUUGGUUGCAUUCAUAAACGUUUGUUUUACAAGUAAGAACGUCUUUUUUUGUUUCUUGCCUUACAGAAAUUCAUAGCCAGCACAAUUAUCAUACUAUAUAUAACUUUAACUUUUUUUUUAAACCACAAUCCAGAGAUGUUCUUUUUCAUGAUCAGUCUCUUUAUCUUCUGCCCUUCCUGGUAUUCUUACAGCUCUGGUUUUCUUGCUUUUUAUAGUUGCUACAAUAUAUGUUGGUCUUGUGGAGCACUGUUCCAAACCACCCUGCUUCUGGCCCGCCAUAUUGAUGGGAGUUUAUUUAGCAUGCCAACUGCUGUCAUGUCCCUUUUUUAUAUAUGGGGAACUAAAAGAAAAGCAGCAACGACAAACUACAUCAAGCAAUCAGAAUUGCAGGGUAAGAUUAACUUUUAACUUACCAUUCCAAAAAAACACUGUAGUCUCUGUGAAGUCAGAUAACAAUCUGUGAACUUUUAUGGUUUGUUAGACAAAAGCAUAAAGAUUUUUGUUAACUAUACCUUACCAUAUUAGCACUAAUUUCUUUACACUUAGCCUUCUGCCAUUAAAUAAAACGUGUUUAUGGUGUUCUUUUUGCUUUUUUGUUUGAUACAGGUUUCUUGCUGGUGUACGUGUUUGGUCAUUUUUACUUUGAUGAAUUUAGCAUUUACUAUAGCACUGGUAUUAGGAAUAUUUUUAUCAUUGUAUGUUUGAUACCUAAAGAAACAAAAGCCUUGAUAUUUUCAUUAUGUGGAUGAUGUUUUACUUAUAUUUAACUUUUCUACAUCAAUAAUUUCAAGCAGUCCAUGUAGUAUGUGUAUACUGUAUGUUGGCUUUCUGAAAUUUGGUUCUGAAUGUUUGUUUUCACUACAUAUAUCAUAUAUCAUAUAUUCCUGUUACCAAUGCUUAUGAUCAAUGUAGAAUUUGUAUUUGUAGAAAAAUGUCUAUAUUUAUUGUGGAAAGAGGGAACCUACAUUAUUAUGAAAUUAUUGAAAUGGCAAAGCCAAUUUUAUACACUGAAGAAAUUUGGGUUUGACAUUAAAAGAUUAGACCAAUUAAAAGAUUCAGCACCAAUAUAAUUUCCUACAACUUAAGCACCUUUAAUAUUGGAACAUGUGACUGAUAGGAGUUUCUUCUUGCCCAUAUGUGUCCUGUUAAAUUGAUUGUUAAAACAGUUAAUAGCUCUUAAUGUCUACUCUUGGUUUGAUCCCUGGGUUUUGCCUGUGAAGACCGCAUUUGUUGUUAAAAAGUAUAAACCAACAUGAAGACAAGAGAGCUGUCUAUGGGAGAAAAGAAAGCCAUUUUGAAACUGUGAAAAGAGGAAAAAAUCUAUCAGAGCCAUUUCAGAAGCAUUGGGUAUAGCCAAUAUAGCAAUUUGGAGUGUCCUGAAAAUGAAAAAAAUAUCACUGAUGUACAGUGUAACAACCAGAGAUCAAACAAUUUGCCAAGGAAAACAGCAGCAGUUGUUGACAGAAUAAUUGUGAAAGCUGUAAAGAAGAACCCCAAAACAGCAGUCAGUGACAUCACAAACAACCUCCACAGGGCAGAAGUGAUGGUAUCACAAUCCACCGUUUGAAGAAGACUUUGAGAGCAGAAAUAUAGAGGCCAUACCAGAAGAUGCAAACCACUCAUCAGCAGUAAGAAUCGGAAAGCCAGAUUGGAAUUUGCAAAGAAAUACAGAAAUGAGCCACAAAUGUUAACCUCAACCAAAGUAAUGGAAAGGCCAAAGUAUGGAGAAAGAAAGGUUCUGCUAAUGCUCCAAAACAUACAAGCUCAUCUGUCAAACAUGGCGGAGGUAAUGUCAUGGCUUGGGCUUGCAUGGCUGCUUCUGAAACAGACCCACUAAUAUUUAUUGAUGAUGUAACUCAUGAUGGUAGCAGCAGAAUGAAUUCAGAAGUUUACAGGAACAUUUUGUCUGCCAAUUUAUAGAGCAAUGCAUCCAAUCUAAUUUGGAACUUCAUCAGGCAGUGACAAUGACCCAAAACACACUGCCAACUCAACAAAGAACUUUAUCAAGGGGAAAAAGUGAAAGGUUUUAUACUGGACAAGUCAAUCACCAGAACAUAACCCAAUUGAGCAUACAUUUCACCUCCUGAAGAGGACACUGAAAGGAGAAACCCCCCCAAAACAAAUAACAACUGAAAGAAGCUGGGGUAAAAGCCUGGAAAAGCAUCACACAAGAAGAAUGCAACAGUUUGGUGAUGUCAGUGGGUCGCCAACUUGAUGCAGUUAAUGCAAGCAAGGGAUAUGCAACCAAAUAUUAAGUAUUAUUUACUUUACUUUAAAUAUGUUUGAAUUGAUCUGUUGCAAUACUGUAGCUCACUUAAAAAAUGGGUGGCCUGCAAUCAAAGGUGGCAUUUUCUAUGUUGUUUAGCACAUCUAUUUGUAAAUAUUAUGACAUACAACCUGAAAUUCUGAUCUAUCGUCUCAUAUUCAUCUGUUGAUCUCAAACCCAAAUGUCUUUAGUGUAUAGAUUGGCCUUGCCUUUCCAAUACUUUUGGAGGGGACUGUAAAUCCCUUAGCAUUCACAACCAUUUGUCCAGUACACUGGCGAGGCUUCACCAAUUUUUAAUUGUGUAGGUGUCAUUAGGGAAAGUUUAAACAGAUAUAACAGCAAACACUCCUGACAUCUAAGUUAUGAGGGUGGCCUUAAAUAAUAUUUGACAUGGGCCUUUCUUUGGAAAACUCUUAUCAACAAAGCGUGAUAACAUUUUAUUGAUCCUGACCAAAUUACACUGUUCUCUGCACUCAGUCAUGUUGAUGCAUGAUAUUUACAGUUCACUUCACUCUCAGCAAAUGUACAAUAGUGCACUUCAGAUAACUUGUACACAGCAUACUUUAGUCAUUGGGUGUGACCAUAUUCCUGAUUCCCACUCCUCUCAUGUGAUAUUUCUCUUAGCAGCUGGGAUGAUAUUAGUUUGUUCUGCAAUAAUGUCACACUGGAUAAUUUUACUGUGCAGGAUAUAAAAAUGUAUUUCUUCAAUACACUGGUUUCAAAAUGAUCAGCAGACCUUCAAUUAAUAUAUUGUGAUCUCUGCCCUGUCUUCCUGUAAUGUUUAACAAGGUUUGAGAAACUUGUAGAAGGAAUCUUUAUUCAGCUUUGUUUUAAGCUCCUUUACAGUUUUUUUUCAUGUGGACUUUCCUCUUCAAGUCAGACCCCAGUAUUUAAAUGGAUUUUACAUCUGGAGACUGAGAUGAUUUUGUUUCUUUAAAAAUUUGCAUUGAUUUGAAAGAAUACUUGUUCAUUGUUUUUGUGAAAGUGGCCAAGUCACCUCUAUCUAUAGCCUAGUCUAGACUUCCUGGCAGAGGCAACAAGGUUUUGGGCUGAAAUAUCAUAGUAGUACUCGUGAUGGCAAGCAACAGUCUUCACAAGAGCCCCUGAACCACCAACCACAAAAAAACCCCCAAGACUUCAGUCAUCCACCGCCAUAUUUUACACUGGGAUAUCAGGUGCUUCUUCUUGUAUGCUGUCCCCUUUAGUCUCCAAACACGCUGAUAAUGUUUAUGACCAAAGUGUUUAAUGAGAUGUAUAUUAAUAAUUUUGGCACAUAUUUGUGAGAGAACAUGCUAUUGUUUAUAAAACUAACUCAACUGAGUUUUUUUUCUUUUUAUUUGAAUUAUUGUGUAAUGGGCACUGCACUGCAUAAACGAUGUAUCUUA